AGAGUGAUCCAGAGUGAUCCUCGUGUACUCAGGUUCCUCCACUUAUACUCAACAUAUAAACAUGGCAGCAGCUUCCUGGGGUCUGGUCAGCCUCGCCGCCAGAUUUUACAUGUUUUCUGGCCGCUGCAACAUUGUGAGCCGCUGCAGGUUGCACACGUCGUUGCACUCAAGGAGUGAUGAAGUAACUAAGGCUAAGACAGCAACAGCGGCCCAGAAGCUACAACCCACUAUCUUUGACAAAAUCAUUGAUGGCUCCAUACCUGCGGAGAUUGUUUAUCAGGAUGGCGAGUGCUUGGCAUUUCGCGAUGUGAAUCCCCAAGCCCCGACUCACAUCCUGGUGAUUCCCAAACGACGGAUUACAAUGCUGAGCGAGGCCACGGACCAAGACACCUCGCUCUUGGGCCAUUUGCUGAUAACUGUGAAGAAAAUCGCAGCACAGGAAAAUUUGGACACAGGCUUCCGUGUCGUGAUCAACAAUGGAAGUGACGGAGCACAGUCGGUGUAUCAUCUGCACCUUCAUAUACUGGGAGGGCGGCAGAUGAAGUGGCCUCCUGGCUAGUGCAAGAUUAACAACUUCUCAAGACUCGUGUGUCAAUUAAUGAGUCAAAAUUUCGAGUUAUGCGACAAAAUAGUCCAGUGGACAAAAUUAUCUACAAAAAUUUUAUACAUUGCUUCCUCAAUUCAGUUAUUUAUAUUUUUCUUUUUUUUAGUGCCGGCCAUCUCCCGCUGAGGCGUGGCAACCCUACAAAGAAGAAACAUAAUACUUUCCUAAUUUUUGCAUUUAGAUUUCAACAUAAAGUUAUUGUACAGUCACUGUAUGAAAUUUGAUGCUGGUGAAGAGAUCAAACUUGAUUGAUGCUGGUGAAGAGAUCAAACUUGAUUGAUGCUGGUGAAGAGAUCAAACUUGAUUGAUGCUGGUGAAGAGAUCAAACUUGAUUGAUGCUGGUGAAGAGAUCAAACUUGAUUGAUGCUGGUGAAGAGAUCAAACUUGAUUGCUUCCCUUGUCAGUUCAACAUUUACGAUUGCUUCCCACUCCCAGGGCACUUCCAGUUCAACACUUAUAAUUCAUAUUAAAAAGUGGAUAAAAAUUCUUCAUACACCUGAGCAUGUUGAUGUUAAAAAUGCCGCUAAAAAUUUACUUACGCUGUGGCAUUGUUCUAGAUCACUAUCCCUUCAGGGGAGGUUCCUUCACACUGGCGAGGGGCUCUUGAUCUAGGGAAUUGAAUCUGUGCUCCAGUUCCCUAAAUUGAGUCUGAAUACCUUCCAUCACCCUCCUUCACCCACAGGUACUGUAUAACCCCUAUGGGUUUAGCGCUCCCCCAUGAUUAUAAUAAUCUAGAUCACUAUAAAGGCCUUAAUCAGAGAGUUGACUAUACAGGUACUUCACAACGUAUGGUGGUGUUAUGUUCCAACGAACCCAUAAUAAGUUGCAAAUAUCCUAAGUUGAAUAUGGAUGAUAAGUAAAUAAACAAAUAAUUGCUGGAACUGGCUUAGCGCUUCUUUUUGAUUAUAAUAAUAAUAAUUGCUGGAACUAAAUACCAGUAUCGAAAAGUAAAUAAAUGAAUACAAGUUAUGGACUUGCCACCUUCAUGUUGGGUAAUUAUCUCAAGUUUUAUUUCCAAAGUAAAGUAGUACCUCGGGAUACAAACUUAAUUCAUUCCAGAAGGCUAUGCAAAAACUCAAUGCACAUAAAAGGCCCUAAAAUCUGGGAUUCAUUACCUGUAAAUAUAAAAGAAACACUACCUGUUUAUAAAUUCAAGUCUCUUCUCAAAGAUCACUUACUCACUCAAAACCAAAUAAAUACUGAAUAACUGAACCUUAUAAAUUGUAUAUCCUAAAUGUUACUCACAAUUAUAUCACACAAAUGUUAAACCUAGGACCCAAUCUAACUUUAUUAUUUUUUUAAAUACACUACCUAACAGAAUACUCCAUUCUACUGAAUGAACAGCAAUGCAAGCAACCAUAUGACCUGUCUUUGUAAUACUCACUUGUGCUUUAUUGUUAUCUGUUUACAAUAAUGUUUUAUAACUGAUUACAUCAUUGCUUAGUUAAUCUUAAGUUAAUUUUAAGCCAGCCUGUAAUGCUAUGCAUAUAAGUGGCUUUGGCAUGCUGCUCUUACCUGUAUUUUUUUUUGUACCUCUGUAUGUAUGCUAAAAUUUCUAAAUAAAUAAAUAAAUAAAUAAGGCUGUUCGAAUGCCGAUGCUGAAUGAAUUUGUUCCCAUAAGGAAUAAUGGAAAUUAGAUUAAUCCAUUUCAGAUCCCCAAAAAUACACUUACAAAAGCACUUACAUAAAUACACUCACAUAAUUGUUCGAGUUUUGAGCUGUUCGUAUCCCAAGGUACCACUGUAACUGCUUCUUCACCGUUGCAAAGUCAAGGAGCACCUGUACUGCAGUAGUUUGUAUUUCUUUGUGAUGGCUUGGCAGUCAUUGAGAGUGACUUAGUUUAAAUACUGCAAUACAUGGAAAAACACCGAGUGACCAGCAUCACUUUUACCUUUGGCAGUGUAGCUCCAGUACACACAAUCUCCUACUUACAAACAGGUUCGGUUCCUAGCAGCCAUUCGUAAGUCCAACGUAUGUACGUAUACAGUAUUGUACAGUAAUAUAGUAGAUGUACGUAUGAACAAUGAGUUUACCUGGAGUUUACCUGGAGAGAGUUCCGGGGGUCAACGCCCCCGCGGCCCGGUCUGUGACCAGGCCUUCUGGUGGAUCAGAGCCUGAUCAACCAGGCUGUUGCUGCUGGCUGCACGCAAACCAACGUACGAGCCACAGCCCGGCUGAUCAGGAACUGACUUUAGGUGCUUGUCCAGUGCCAGCUUGAAGACUGCCAGGGGUCUGUUGGUAAUCCCCCUUAUGUGUGCUGGGAGGCAGUUGAACAGUCUCGGGCCCCUGACACUUAUUGUAUGGUCUCUUAACGUGCUAGUGACACCCCUGCUUUUCAUUGGGGGGACGGUGCAUCGUCUGCCAAGUCUUUUGCUUUCGUAGUGAGUGAUUUUCGUGUGCAAGUUCAGUACUAGUCCCUCUAGGAUUUUCCAGGUGUAUAUAAUCAUAUAUCUCUCCCUCCUGCGUUCCAGGGAAUACAGUUUUAGGAACCUCAAGCGCUCCCAAUAAGUGUACAUAGUAUAAACAUAUGUGUCAACACAUGAAAAAUACAUACUGUAUACUAUUAAUAAAACAUGUCUUAUAUAUGAAAUAAAGAUUACAAUGUUUAUAAUAAAAUUAAGACUUCGAGGAAAAUUGUUCAUGUCGAAAGUUUGCAACACGAAUGUUCAUAUGUCGGGGAGUCUCCCUCUACUGUAAGUUUAUAAAUUAUUAAGUUUUGUCUUUGGAUUUUACCAAGAUGAAUAAACUACAGAUAGCGCGUAUUAUUAUUAUUAUAAUCAAAAAGAAGCGCUAAGCCACAAGGGCUAUACAGCCAGAUGGCGUGUAACUAGAGCCGGUCGAGUGUUAUUAUAUUUUUACUCACGCUCAAUGGAAUGAGUUAAGAGAGACUUCAAGUAAGGGCUUCAAGCAUCGAAAUUAUUAUAAUCAUAACCAGGCACUAAACCCAUAAGGGUGAUACAGCACUGCUCAACUAUUGAAAACCUUACAAAAAUAUGUGAUAAACAAAUUAUUGAAGAUGAUAUGUAAUAAUAAUAAUUUUAUUUUGACAUGAUACACGUUUGUACAAAGGAGACCCCUCAAGGAAGGUUCCUUGAUGUUGGUGAGGGGCUCUUGAUUUAGGGAAUUGGAUCUGUGCUCCAGUUCCCCGAAUUAAGCCUGAAUGCCUUCCACAUCCCCCCCAGGCGCUGUAUAAUCCGGGUUUAGCGCUUCCCCCUUGAUAAUAAUAAUAAUGUACAAAGGAGUAUAACAAUUGAGUGAACAUGCCAAAAGCACCUUUAUAUGCAGAGCAUUUCAGGCAAACUUUGGACUAACUUAAGAUUAAUAAGGCAAUAUAGUGCAGUAAUUUUGUACAUGUAUAGUCAUUAGGUGAGUUACAAUAAAUACAAGAAAAUUGAAUAUUUUGUUAGUUCAUGCUAUAUGGCUUUAAUAAGUUUGGUAAAAAAGAAUUACAAUUUUGAUUAUUAACCUAAGGUGGGCAAUGGAAGGAUUACACAUAUUGAGAGUAAGUAUAUAUUGAUUAUAAUUUUUUAACUAAGUUCAUAAUAUUGAGCAAAUACAUAUAUAGUUUUUACAUAUUUAUGAUGGGCUGGGAUAGGUUAAAGAGAUAAGGUGUUUUUAACUGUAGUUUUAAAAGUGGUUCUGGAGAUUUCUGGCAGAGAGUUCCAGAUUUUGGGUCCUUUUAUGUACACUGAGUUUCUUAAAAUUAUUAUUAUUAUAAUCAAGGGGGAAGCGCUAAACCCGGAGGAUUAUACAGCGCCUGGGGGGGAUGUGGAAGGCAUUCAGGCUUAAUUCGGGGAACUGGAGCACAGAUUCAAUUCCCUAAAUCAAGAGCCCCUCACCAACAUCAAGGAACACCCCUCAAGGAAGGAGUUUUUUAAAAGAUUUAGCCUGACACGGGAAAUGUCAGAGAUUUUUGUGCCUAGUAUUGUGUCCACGGGUCCUGUUGCAACUGUCAAGAAAGCGCCUCAUGUCGGGAUUUAUAGAAGAAUUGAUCGUUCUGUAAAUGUAGGUGGCACAGCAGUACGACUGAAUGUUUUGUAUACCGAGUAGGUUUAGGUCUUUGAAAAGUUUGAGGGGGGGAGGGUGUUGUGUAGCUGUGGACUGUGUGAUCAUUCAUACUGCAGCUUUUUGUUGGGUUAAUAUUGGCUUCAGGUGAUUUGUCGUUGUGGAUCCCCAGGGACAGUUCCUCACCUCAGAGUAAACUCUAGGCUACAUUUCCAUCCAUCCUGGACUGAAACAUAGCCACAGCUUGACAGUAGUCCAGGAUAGACAAAAAUGAAAUUUCCUCUCAGAAGUGAGAGAUGUGUGAAUUGUUGCCGCCACAAUACAGUAUUUUUUUUUUUUUCAACAAACCGACCAUAUACUUAGGCAAGGUGACCUAAAAAGAAAAAUGAAAGUUUCUCUCCACAGUAUGGUAUUGUCAUUUAUUCUACACUAUCUACAUGGAAGUGCUAAACCCAUGAGGGUCAUACAUGGCCUGGGGAAAUAUGCACUUAGAUUUGAAAUCAAAUCAUGGAAUGAAUGCGACUUGAACUCCUCAGUUCAAAUCCCACCCAUUCCGUGGUUGAUUUGCAUGUUAUUACUAUUUCGCAAAUCAGGUUUGAUCCAAAGAGGGGAAAGGGAGCAGCAUUUCCUGGGAUCAAGAGCCCUUCAGCAGUAUGAAGGUGCCUCUGAAGGAGGUGGCCGAGGAAGUUCUUCCUAGAAUGUGUCUUCAGAUAUUUUGUAAAAUAUUUAAUAUAAAUAUUGUUCUAUAUUUAUUACAAUGUUGGGAUAUUAUA